GCUAGCCAGCAGUUUCUAAUGGAUUAAACAAAAUGGCGGUAGCUUCGGGGGCUUGCUCGGACCCUAGCUAGAGCUGGAGAAGGAAGAAACAAAAUGGAUAAUUAUUGGUUGGGUCUGAGCAUGUAAUAGGUCCAUGGUCUGAGGGACGAUUGUAAUUUCACAUCCGCUGAUGACCUGAACUUGAUCAUUGCCAAGAACACUCGGCUGGAGAUCUAUGUCGUAACACCCGAGGGAUUGCGGCCAAUCAAAGAAAUAGGAAUGUAUGGACGCAUUGAGGUCCUCAAACUUUACAAACCUCCUGGACAGCCUAAGGCCUUGUUAUUUGUGUUGACAGCCAAGUACAAUGCCUGCAUCUUAGAGUGUGUGACAGAGAACGGAACAGAAGAAAUCAUCACAAAAGCACAAGGAAAUGUUCAGGAUCGGAUUGGUCGGCCUUCAGAAACUGGACCAAUAGGAAUCAUUGAUCCAGAAUGCCGUAUGAUUGGAUUAAGACUAUACGACGGUCUCUUCAAGAUCAUCCCACUUGACAGAGAUAACAAGGAACUCAAGGCUUUUAACAUCAGGUUUGUAAUAAUUGUGCAGCUGCUGCAAAAGAUAGUUCUACUUUUUGUCUCACCUGCAUAGCAGAGUGAGACUAUAGGCGCCGCUUUUCCGACGGCGGCGGCGGUGGCGGCGGCGACGGCGACGGCGGCGGCGGCGUCAACACCAAAUCUUAACCUGAGGUUAAGUUUUUGAAAUGACAGCAUAACUUAGAAAGUAUAUGGACCUAGUUCAUGAAACUUGGCCAUAAGGUUAAUCAAGUAUUACUGAACAUCCUGCCUGAGUUUCAUGUCACAUGACCAAGGUCAAAGGUCAUUUAGGGUCAAUGAACUUAGACCAUGUUGGGGGAAUCAACAUCAAAAUCUUAACCUAAGGUUAAGUUUUUGAAAUGUCAUCAUAACUUAGAAAAUAUAUGGACCUAGUUCAUGAAACUUAUACAUAAGGUUAAUCAAGUAUCACUGAACAUCCUGCAUGAGUUUCACGUCACAUGACCAAGGUCAAAGGUCAUUUAGGGUCAAUGAACUUUGGCCGAAUUGGGGGUAUCUGUUGAAUUACCAUCAUAACUUUGAAAGUUUAUGGAUCUGAUUCAUGAAACUUGGACAUAAUAGUAAUCAAGUAUUACUGAACAUCCUGUGCAAGUUUCAGGUCACAUGAUCAAGGUCAAAGGUCAUUUAGGGUCAAUGAACUUUGGCCAAAUUGGGGUAUUUGUUGAAUUACAGCCAUAAAUUUGAAAGUGUGUUGGUCUAGUUCAUAAAACUAGGACAUAAUAGUAAUCAAGUAUCACUGAACAUCCUGUGCGAGUUUCAGGUCACAUGAUCAAGGUCAAAGGUCAUGUAAGGUCAAAGAACUUUGGCCACGUUGGGGGUAUUUGUUGAAUUGCCAUCAUAUCUCUAUAAGUGUAUUGGUCUAGUUCAUAAAACGUGGAAAUAAGAGUAACCAAGUAUCACUGAACAUCUUGUGUGAGUUAUAGUAGUUUUCAAAAUCAGCACUGCUGCUAUAUUGAAUCGCGUGAUGCAGGUGAGACGGCCAGAGGCAUUCCACUUGUUUGUUUAAUUCAAUGCUUAUUCUUCCUAAAGGAACAAAGUUAGCACAAUAUUUGAAAACGACAUACACAAUCAUCUAGAAAAUUGACUGACUUCAAAUGAUACUGUUGGGACUGUAUAUGUUAGCAGGCAGCUAUUUUAAAUAAUAAUAUGAUAUUUGAAAUUUAUAUAGCGCAUAAUAGUCAAAAGACUCUCUAUGCGCUUUACAAAAUAUAUUUAAUAAAUAAUACAUUAAAUCUUAUCUGAAUUAUACAAUAAACCUAAACUUUAAUCCUAAAAUACUUAAUACAAAUUAGAACAAAUUAAAUCAAUACAUAAAGUUACAUCACUAAUGAAAUGAAAAACUUACAAUGUUUAACAACAUAAUAUAUUUAUCAUAUUUACAUGACUACUAUCGUCUUGUGAAGGAUACAUGUAUGUAGAUGAAAAAAUACUAAACAAUUGGACGUUGCUGAUAUAGACCACAAUGUUUGCCAAGCUUUCGGCUUCAAUCAAUCUUCAUGGGCUCUAUAACAGAUAAACACAAUAUAAUGAAACAUGUUAAUAGUACAAAGGAAUAACAGAUGCAUGUAUGUACAGUUGAAAUAGCACCGUGACGGUCUUAUAUCUCUCUAAAUGUAAUAGUAUGAAACAAAGUGGUGGCAUUUUACCUGGAUCUUCCGGGCUGGUGUAUGUAUUCUGUGUCGCGAAAAGUUGAUUUAGAGAAAUUCAACAGACGACAUCCAUCAACGGGUUUGUUGACUUCUUUGACUGUUGAUGGGGGUUAGCAUUCGCUACUACAUGUAUGUAAUCUUCAACAUUAUGGGAGAUAUUAAUCAGGUUUUAUUCAUUCAUUUUGAUGAAAACAUAUCAACAUAAUUAUAUACAAUAUGAUACUGAAAGACAAAGUUACAGUGAUACAGUAAUCAAAGACAAUACAAGUAUUAAAGCAAAGACAAAGUUAUACAAUACAGUUAUGGAUUAUAAAAGUUUCACAGACAUAUUAAUGAAAGGUCAUUGAUUUUACAUACAACGGAAAGUAUUGAUACAAAAUAAAAUAAUAUUUGUAAUGCAAACGUUAUGGGAACAAGCACAUGCAAUGGUCAUGCAGCACACUCUUUGGUGGCAAAAAAAGAAAAGUGUACCACCACUCUGGUCCAGGCAUCGAAAUCUUGACUUCAUUACCCCAAAACAGUAUUCAAUGAUGCAACGCCCUCGUCGCUGCCGGUAAUUGAAUUGUUCUUCUCUGUGGUUCGAGGGAUGGGGAACUGGUGUGAUGAGGUACUGGCUAAAUGGAUAAGUGCUGUUGCCUAGCAACCAAGGAUCUUCUUGUCUUUUUAUGUGCGAACCCUCUCAUCUCAAAUGUACAUCAAGAACAUGAAGCAUUGAAUCUCUCAUCUAAAAAAAAUCGUACAGAAACAUCAUGCCAAAACAUAUAUUUCAAAAAUUUAUUAAGACAAAUACUACCAUAAUGUUUCAAACGCCAUACACAAUCAUUAAGAAAACUGACACACUUCAGCUGAUAAUGUUGGGACCGUGAUCACUUUCUUGAUGCUGCUCCUUUUGUCCGUUUGCACUUUCACCGGGCCAAUCUUAAUUUCUUCGGAUAUGUCCUCUUUGGUUUCAGCAUGUUCUCCCAUAAACAGACUGCUAUCUGUCCAGCUGCUUCUGUCAGAGUGUUACUUCUUUUAUUCUUUCUUUACCACCUCCACCUCUGAUUCUAGUCACCUGAAAUAGUAAUAAUAAUAAAAAAUAACAGUGUUGAAAUCCACACCCCAUUGAUUCAGCCCGGAGAAUUUUUUUAAAUUUUAAUACAUUCCGAUGAUGAUGUCCAAAGGGUUUGUUGAUGUUUGUGGCCGGUCGUGUCAGCAUUCGCUUCCACAUUCGCAAGUAUGUAACCUUCAACUUUAUGAAGGAUGUUAUUCAGGUUUCAUUCAUUAAUUUUGAUAAAAACAAAUAUCAAUGUAUACAAUAUAAUUCUAAAAAACAAAAUUACAUUGAUAAAGUAAUCAACGACAACAUUUCUAUAUACAAUCAAGAUAUUAAAGACAUAAUAUCAAAGAUACAAGUUUCAUAUACUUAAAAUAAAAGGUCAUUGAUUGUACAUACAAUGGAAAGUAUUAUUUAU